AUGGAUUCCAUUGUGAUAACACGAGAGCCAGCCAAAUUAGCUGUAUGUGAUACGGUUGUUGAUGUUGGCGGUGUGUUUGAUCCGGAAAAAAAACGCUUUGAUCAUCAUCAAAAAACAUUUACUGAUACAUUUCAUACAUUACGACCAGAAAAGCCGUGGACAAUUAAACUAUCGAGUGCCGGUCUCAUUUAUGUCCAUUAUGGUCGUGAUAUCAUCCAAAAACUGUUAUUACAAGAAAAUAUCACAAACGAACGUUUAACUGAUAUUUUAUUUGAUAAAAUGUACGAUUCAUUUGUUCAAGAAAUCGAUGCUAUUGAUAAUGGUAUUAAUAUUGGCGAAAAUAUGAAAUACAAAAUAAAUACAAAUCUCAGUGCUCGGGUUGAUUAUUUUAAUCCAAAAUGGAACGAUGAAAAUCAAGAUGAAGAAGGCGGUUUCAGACAAGCGAUGAAUAUGGUUGGAAAAGAAUUUUUAGAUAAAUUUAAUUAUUAUGUUAAAUGCUGGUGGCCGGCAAGAGAAUUAGUUGAAAACGCAGUCGCUAAUCGUCAUACGGUAGGCGAAUCUGAUUCAAUAAUUAUAUUUGAUCGUUCCGUACCAUGGCGAAAUCAUUUGAGUGAUAUUGAAUAUGAACAAAAUCUUGGGACAACAAUCAAAUAUGUACUAUAUCCUGAUAAAAGUAAAACUUGGCGUAUACAAGCUGUGGCGCUAAAUGAAACUUCAUUUGAAAGCAGAUUACCCUUACCAGCUGAAUGGUGUGGUUUAAGAGAUGAAGUGUUGAGUGUAAAAUGUGGUAUUUCCGAUUGUAUAUUUGUGCAUGCAAAUGGUUUUAUUGGUGGAAAUAAAACAUAUGAUGGUGCUUUAACUAUGGCCAGGAAAUCACUUGAAUUAGGAGACGAGAAAAAACUUUAA